AUGAAGACAGCAGAUGAUGAAGUAAAGCGAUGCGCUUACGUGUUACCGAAGAAGCAGCGAAAAUGCCGGAUGCUAGUGAAAGAAGGGCAACUGUAUUGUGGUGAGCAUGCGGCCGCCGAUCCGGAUAAUAAGGAUCGGAUUCCCUGCCCAAACGACCCAAAGCAUACCGUGAAGUUGAGCGAGCUCGAGGUACAUUUGAGGGAACGCUGCAAUUCUCGGCUCAUCGAAGAUCCAUGGAUUGUCAAGGACCUGAAUGCCAUCAACGGUGAAGUCGCGUCGUUUGCGUGUAUUGACCGAAGGCCGAGCAAGGAAGAGCUUAUUUCGCUCGUCGAACGGCUGGAGAAGCUCGAAUCGAUUGAUCAAUUACCGACUUACUCGCAGAUCUCCUGCCCGCUCGUCGACGCUCGUCUCGAGCAACAAACGGACCUCGGGCCCCUACAACGAAAACAUCUCGUUCAACUUGGCAGCAUCAUAGGUCAUCUCACCGCUGCCGAAUUGUUGACGAAUGACCCAAGUGCCAGCGUUUUCGAACUAGGAGCCGGCAAAGCGCAUCUGGCUUAUUGGAUGUCAAAAGUUGCUCCACUCGCCCACUUUUUGCUGGUUGAUCGCAGUGGCUCCCGGAAUAAAUAUGACAAGUAUGCGAUUCGUGAAAACCCGGAUUUGGUAAUGACAAGGCUGCGCUGUUCGAUUGAGCAUUUGGAUUUGUCGAAGGUGGAUGCUUUAAAGGGGCAAAGCUCGUUGCUCGCGGUCCAGAAGCACUUUUGUGGCAGCGCGACGGACGCGGGGAUACGCUGUUUGUGGAACGGGGUGAAUCGAGGGCUCGAUUUGACCGGAUUCGUGUUGGUACCGUGUUGCCAUCACAAAAUGCGAUACGCUGAGUAUGUCGGAUGCGCCCAUCUUCAAAAAUUCGGCUUCGACAACGAAGUCGACUUCUCUGCCCUGCGACACAUAUCUUCGUGGAGCACUUGCGGAAUGGAAGAGAAUCAACCACAAGAAAACACGGAUUCUCAAAGCGAACCUAAAAAACCAAAAAUUGAAACCCCCACCGAAGAGGAGAAUACAAAAGAAUUACCAUGGUCACGCCCCUAUCGCGCAUUCAUCGGGCGCCGCGCCAAAUUGCUGCUUGAAGAAGGGCGUGCCGAGCAUUUGCGACAACUUGGCUAUGAGGUCGAGAUGUUCGAGUAUGUAGAUUCCAAGAUUUCUCCGGAGAAUCUGCUGCUGUUGGGCAAGAAAAAGAAGGAUUGU